UUGGGGAGGUGGGGGGUAGACAGCUCCUGGUGAGCAGUGUGUUACAUCGACCUAGUUAGUGCCACAGACACAGCUGUUUCGUUCUGGAGGCAAGGUGGGUGCCAGUACUCUUUAGUUUCCUUACUUAAAAUAUAUAUCAACGGACACACAUUAUAAAUCAGUUCUAUUCAAUACAAGUGUUUCUGGAUAUUCUCAAAGUAACGUUGGCACCAAGGGUCACUCGGUGUAUUCCAACAGGUCCUACGCUAUGCCGGUGAGACGGCAAACCCCCACCAUCGCAGUACCCAGGCUGCACAGUAGUUUUGGUAAUGUCCGUCACGACUACGGCAUAGAAGAUAGCAUUCAGCGGGCGGACUAUCUUUCGAAUGCUGUUCUAGAAGAUACCUAUGAAGCCGCUACUCGCUCACGAGGAAGGGACCAUGAACUCCUUCGCAAUGUCAACGCCGCUAUUCACACGCCCAAUAAGUCCCGGGACAACACCCCUACUAGGUCAGGUCGUCGAACCAGUCGUCUGCGGUCCUUGUCUCCAGUGGACGUGAAACCCAUAGCCAGACCCCAGCCUGUGGUUCCUUACAGAAACUUAGAGAAAGUCAGAUCGGCUCUGGCAGCUCCACCGGCACCCGCCUCGCUCUUGUCCUCUCGUAUCGACUCCUACCUGAAGGGCUCAUCCCUGCCCCCGCGGCCACUUUCCAGAGACAUAGCCAGCAAUAUUUCCUAUAGUUCUCUUCUAUCACGCCCUCGGAGUCCUAGUGAAACCAGGCCUUACUCGCCGCAGUAUUCAGUGUACCUCUCAGAGUCGCACGUGCCCAGGAGCACGCGUUCUUCCUACUCCAGAUCACCAUCACCGUACGUGUCAAGAGUGAGUGCGGCUAGAGAAUAUAGCGUGGGAGGGAGUGACGACGAAGAUGAGGAGGAUUACCAGAUUGGCUCAUACAGGAGGAAGUACAAGAUUCUCAAAGCGCCCAUUGCUUCUGGGCCGGAAAGAGCAGGCUCUGCAGACGACAGCGAAGACGAGUUCUAUGACGCCUCGGAUUAUUACCCGUCCUAUUCUUGCCCCAGACCGACGGGCGUGUCGCCGUUGAAGCUUAGCACCUACGAUGGAGACUACGAUGGUUCCUACGAAGCUGACAUGGCCGAGAUGUAUGAUUACAUCCCUUACGGCCCAUCCAAACACGCGAUAUUAGAGCUGACCUCAGAGGAUAGCAACGACAGUACCUACAAGCCUCAUGUAUCCACACUCCCCCGACUUCACUCCCCUUCCACAUCCAGCACAUAUAGUUACUCUCCCUUACCUAAAUACACCGAGGACUCUUUAUCCCGGCCUCCAGCCAGCCGUCAGCUUCUAGAUUCUCUCAUUUCAAAUGCGGCUUCAAGAGCAAAAGCUAUCCUGGAGAAUUCAAAGCUUCCCGAGUACAAGAACGCCAGUCUGGUUCUCAGCGUGGAAGGCAGCGCUGUGUCAGAGGAUGGUAGGAAUCGUUAUGGUUUCAGAUACUAUCCACCACCCAUUCCAUUAAAGGGAUCGCAGAUAGGUCUAGACGAGCGUAUACUUAGUAUUUCACCCAAACCCGUCAGCGACGCUGACUCCUUUUUGUCCACAUACUUAAACAGACUUAGAAACAUCCGCACAGAUGUCAGGGACCACGCGGACAAGAGCGAGUACGGCCGGUGCACCAGCGUGGCGCCCAGGCCUUCCUACGUUCACCAGACUGUCACGGUGCCAGUGCACAUUUCAGGCAGGCCUCACAGCGUGCCAGUCUCAUCGUAUCGGUCGCGGCUGAGCGACGGCCAGUCCCACAGGGUCGACGUUUUCCCUUUGGUAGUCAGCGAAGCUGCCUUGCCUGUGGAUAAGAAGCUGCAUCUGCCCGUUUACAGGGCCGGUGGCGGCGACAGUGGCUCCCCCACCAAGCUAACGGUGCUUGAAAAGAUUAACAUAAAGGCGGCUAUCAUCGGAAGCAGACUUGAAACGGACGGAGCCAAGAAGACAAGGAGACCCCAAUCGGAGUACGCCGCUAACAAGCUGCGAGAGAUGAAGAGAGACGAAAUCGAGGAAGGGAUUUACUACAGAACUCCUGCCACCGGGGUUUUGCAAGCCUCAAGACCACCAUUGAGCAGAGAGGCAUAUUCCUUCUCUAUGCCCAAACCAACUGAGAGAAAAGCUAUCAGAGAUGUUGACGGUUUCACUAAACCCAAAAAUCUCUUAUCUUGGCAGUACCGCGUGGAGUCCAGGUUGUCCCCCGAUGAUUUGAUCUAUGAGCCGUCCAGUUUCAUUCGCAUGAGAGAACGGGUAAAAGAUGUCCAGGACAAGAUGGACAGACAGCGUCAGUUGUUGGACCGGUAUUUGGACAGCGACUUCAAGAUCCAGUCCAUUCCUUCUCAAAAUGUUGAAGGAAGGAGCUCGGUAAAAAUUCCUGCUUAUUAUGCUGCCGGCGGCGACCCGGACAACCUGCCGGUGUCGGAUCUACGACGUAGACUGAGGAGGACACUGGCCAAGUCCAAGAACAACCCGGACUACUUCAGAGAGUAGAGCCGCACACACUGUGACAGCCACAGACAUGGGAGGAGGAAAUACAAGUUCUAGACAAGGUUAGAUGUAUGUGAUCAGAGGGCGGCGGUACACCACGCAGUUCCCCACCCUACCAGCGUUCUAUCUCUGGAACCAACACGCAAAUAUACGCUUAGCUCGCCUCUGGAUGUCUGCUUCAGAAGAACAAAAAAAGAUAACACCAAGAACAUGAAAUAUUCAGCGAAACAAAGUCGCAGGCCUUUCUAUUUUAAUAUAAUUAGUUCACUCAUAUUUUAUUUUUUCUGUGUCAUUGUCCGCAAAUACUGCGCUAGUCCUUCUUCGGGAAAAAAAUCUGCUGUUUAUUUGAUAUAUCAUGUCUUUAUUGUUGCGCAUAAGAUAUUGCAACGUCAUUAUGACCUAUGACUUGGAUUUUGAUGUAAUGCUAGAUGUAGAGUCUUAGAAUUUGUAUAUACACUACAAUGUCCCUAUUUAGGUUUCGUCACUAAUUACUCCAGAAUCACAAUUAAUUUAUAGAUAGUGUUUACAAAAAAUCCCCGAUGUGAUUGAUUCAUUGGUUGUGUACAAAUCAUUUUUUUAAAAUAAAUCAAACAGAAUGUCGUCUGCUACUCGAUGUUUGCUGAUUGCGCCCCUUUGUGUGAUACAACUUUUUAUGAAUUUCAUUUUGUUGUCUUUAAAUAGUUCUGACGAAAAAUGUGAUUCUUUUAAAAUUAAGAUUUAUAAUGAUGAAACAAAUAUUAUUUAAAUUAUAUAUGUGAUUGAAUUGUGUACAAAAUAAACCGUAGAUAGUUUUUUUUAAAGAAAUAUAUACAUUUAUUUUUGCAUAUAUAUUCACAAAAGUAUAUAUAUACAUAUAUAUUUAUAUUGAUAAAAGUAAAUAUUUUAACAGUAAAUAUUUUCUUACUGUUACUGAAAUGGUUAUUUGCACCGGGAUAUAUCAUAUGUUGUAAAAUAAACAUUUUGAUCACAACCGAGAAAACAACUCUGGCAUGAAUUUUCUUCAGCGUAUCUAGAGUUAUCUUCCCUGCACCACACUUCUUGCACUUUAUACUAACGUUGCAAUUAAUUCCAAAAUAAGUUCGAUUUAUUCACAGCUUAAAACAAAAGAAUUAACAACAGGAAAAAAAAUGCUAUAGCUUCCAGUGACCCUAACAACAUCCAGGCACCCUCCUUCCUUCCUCCUUUGUUUGUGGCCAUAUACACUAAAGAAGAACCACCUAAUUUUUUUCUGUUUAUAUUUAAUACUCAUUAAUUAAUUACCAAAUAUUUUGUACAUAGUCAUAAUGCUAAGGCUGUGAGCAAAUGUAUUUUGUUUAAUCUUUUGUUUGUUUCGAAUUUUUUUUUUAUUUAAAGCUUUACCAUUGCCUUAUAUCUUUGUGGUCAAGUGUUUUCCUUCACAAAUGUAGAACUAGCGAGAACUUCCCUGCGAUUUUGCUGUUUCGAAGUGUUGCCAACUUUGUUUAUGUAAAUGAUGUUUUCGCUUCAGUAAACGAUCUUUCAUCUCACCAAGAAUCAAAACACAAUACACGCAUUCUUUUGGUUUACCCUGAAAGCAACUAUUAUUUUUUU